AUGGAGGAGAACCGUGAUCAAGGAUUGAAUAUUCGACAGAAGGCAAAACAGAUCACCACACUACUAGCUGAUGAUGAUCGAUUGAACACAGAACGACAGAAGUUCCUUCAAACUAGAAAUAAAUUCAAGCAAGGAUCUUCUUAUUCUACAACGGAUUGGAAUCAAACGCCCGAAAACAGAUCUGAUUUAUCCGAUGCUCGUCCAACUUCCGCUGGUGAGGAAGAGAUGCAACUCCAAAUAGCAUUAGCUCUAUCAAAAGAAGAACACGAGAAAAUGGAUGAAAUGACAAAGAGUGAUGAAGUUCGAUUACAGUUAGCUUUAGAAGAAUCACGCAAAGAGUCUGAACGAUUAGCUGGAACGAGGAAUCAAACAGUGACAGGAGAGAAGCUCACUCAGAGUGCAUUGGAUGAUCUUCUUUCGCUAGGACUCGGACAAUUAACGGUCGACAACGACCCAGGAUCAAGCUGGCAAUCAACAUAUGCACAGGCCGAUCCUUGGGCUAUGCCUUCUGAAACUUCUACUUCAACAGCUCUUUCCGAUCCAUGGGCUCCAGUUGUUUCUUCUCAACCUCCUCCGUUGCCUCCUCAAAAUCCUGCUGUGGCUAAUACUAGUAACCUGAAUGGAGCAUCUUUCAAUGCUGUUGAAGAUCCAUUCAGUGCAUGGGAGAGAGACCUUCUUCAACCAACUAAACCAAACGUUCAGGACGCAAGAUCAGAUGUCUUGUCAUCGAACGCUGUAGUAUUUGGAACAAACAAUCGUAAAACCCCAGAACACUUUUUGGGAGAGAAUAGUGGUUUGGUCAACUUGGACAAUCUCCUUGGAACAACCUCAAGCAACCCGUUAUCAACUUCAAAUCCUUUUCUAUUGAAUAAUCAACCUGCUGCUCCCACAAACCCAUUUGCUAGUCAACAACGGAAAUCACCAACAUUGAAUGAAAUGAUUGCUGCUCAGCAGCAAAACAGGCAAAUGUGA